AUGGAAAUAGCUCAGCAACAAUACGACGGCGGCAAAUCUCAGGAAAUCUCAGGAACAGAGAUCCCUUCCAUCUACGCAGACUCAUCCACGGCCAUGUCGCAGGGCCUGAGGUCCAACCAGGUCACACUUUCACGACCAACAUUGGGAUCCUCUGGACCAGUUCAAAACCCAGUCCAAACAGGGUUUACAAACACCACGUGUCUUGUGUAUAGCAAGGGUCACAUCACCAUUAACUGUGAUACAGGCUUCAAUACUGCCACAGACUGUGAUACAGGCUUUAAGACUGCCACCAACUGUGAUACGGGCUUCCAGAGUGCCACCAACUGUGAUACAGGCUUCAAGACUGCCACCAGCUGUGAUACGGGCUUCAACAAUGCAACCAACUGUGAUACGGGCUUCCAGAGUGCCACUAACUGUGAUACAGGCUUCAAGACUGCCACCAACUGUGAUACGGGCUUCAAGACUGCCACCAACUGUGAUACAGGCUUCAAGACUGCCACCAAAUGUGAUACAGGCUUCAAUACUGCCACCAACUCUGAUACAGGCUCCCAGAGUGCCACCAACUCUGAUGCAGGCUUCAAGACUGUCACCAACUGUUAUAUGGGCUUCAAGACUGCCACAGAAUGUGAUACAGGCUUCAAGACUGCCACCAACUGUGAUACAGGCUUCAAGAAUGCCACCAACUGUGAUACAGGCUUCAACAAUGCCAUCAACUGUGACACAGGCUUCAAGAGUGCCACAGAAUGA